CAGCAAAAGCAAAAUGAGUCCCUUUCUUUCCCUUUCCCUCCACCCUCGCGUCGUACUCGCGUCGUUCUCUUCUCCUUCCCUUCCCAGCAAAGCCGAGCCGCCGAGCAGGGCAGAGCAGAGCAAAACCCCCCAUAUCUCCCCGCCAUUACUCCCCUCCCGUCCCGUCCCCGAGCGGAAAUAAAUGCAGCCGCUGGCGCCGCCCACCCACCAGUCCACCACCACCAGAUCCAAGCCCCCGCGACGAGGCGAGGUGGGAGAGGGGGCAGAGGCAGAGCGAGAUGAGCGUGGGGCGGAAAAAUUCACCACGCCACCAUACGCAUUUACUCCGCUUCCGCCCCUACCCCCACGCGGCCUCGCCUCCGCCCAAUGCCAUUCCGCCGCUUCCCCGCUGAGAGAUCGAUCCCCACCGCGCCGCCGCCGCCGCAGCCGCAGCCGCAGCCGUCGCCAUGUCCUCCUCAUCCUCUUCGCUGCUCUCCUCGCUCGCCACGCUCGGCCUCGGGUACUCGAUCGCCAUCGCGCUGGGAUUCCUCGUCCUGCUCGCGUCGCUCCUCCUCGCGUCAUACUUCUGCUUCCGCCGCGGGGGCGGCGGCGGGCACUUCUCCGGCGUGCUCACCCCGAGCUCCAGCUCCAGCCACCUCUCCAUCACCGUCCCGCGCGUGCUCUUCGUCGCGGAGGGGUCCGAGUCCCCCGACGCCUACUCCUCGGGCGUCGCGGCCGCGUCGUCCCCCGUGGGGCUCGACCCCGCGGCCAUCGCGUCGUACCCGAAGGUCCCCUUCUACAGCGGCGCCGGCGCGGACGCCGACGCCAUGUGCUCGAUCUGCCUCAGCGAGUACGCGGACGGGGAGAUGCUGCGCGUGAUGCCCGACUGCAGGCACAGGUUCCACGUCUGCUGCCUCGACGCCUGGCUGCGCCGGAACGCGUCGUGCCCCGUGUGCAGGUCCUCGCCCAUCCCCACGCCGGUGGCCACGCCGCUGGCGACGCCGCUGUCGGAGCUCGUCCCGCUCUCGCAGUACGCCGCCGAUCGGAGGCGCAGCAGGUGACGGACACAUUGGUGCAAUUCGGUGCUCUUAAAAACUGGAGUACUACUAUAUUGCUCUUCUUUUUUUUAUCCUUUUACGUUUAUUAAGGAUGUAAAGUUUAUGUAUUGCUUGAUUGGUCAGGCGGGCUUUAGGGGAGGUUUGACUGUAGGGGGUUGUGCUUAGGUUAUUUAGAGAAGGUAAUUGUUUGUUUGAUAUUACUAUAUUACUUCGAGCAAAUUUUGUCAUCUAGAAGUACAUGUCUUGAGUAAGGAAUAGUUGUACAUACAUUGUGUUUGUUUCUGUGGCAGAGUUCCUCAUGAUAUUCUAAUGUAUAAUUUCCGUUGCUAGAGAAUCAUUUGCUGGAUUAGAAAUUAGAGAAUUUGUUGCACAGCUUUGCUGUAUUUUUUUUAUGCCAUGAUGAGCUGUUUGUGAAGUUAUGGGCUUUAAUUGUUAGAUUGGUGGCAGCAUCAAUAUCUGAUGAUUACUUAUGAAUUUCAUUGUUGCACCAGUUUUUCUUACUGCCACACUGUAAUAAGGACAGCAUUAGAAAAUUUUCUGCAUUUCAUGUUGGCAUUUGGUGUGUUAAGUAGUUGUACACCAUACCUGCAAGUACAUUACUAUAACUAGCAAGCUCAGUGACAUAAUUCUUCAUUAAAACUAUUUAUCAGUGUAGGAAUUUUAUGGGUCCCAAUUUCCCAAAGACUUUUAUCACUCUAUGGUAGAUGAGCUGGACCGUCGAUGCCCAACAAUUAAAUGAAAUGUUGAUUGCUACAUCAGAAUUCAGUUCUCAUAGUUCCCUAACUUGUUUGGCUGUGCAAACAUAUGGUUAUGUGGUUUUUUUCAAGGUCAUAUGAUCAUGUUGCUAUAUAUUUGCAAUCAUUUUUUUAUUAAAAGGUCACAAAAGUUUAUUUGUGUACGCCAACUCUUUCCCUCAGUUUACUAUGUAGCAGUACCACAUUUUAAAGCUUCUAUCUAGAUGUUCCUGUCUUGGUAAUGAUAUCUACAGUGGUGGGGUCCUGGAAAGAGGAGUUUAGAUAUAUAGACACUGUCAAAGUUUAUAAAAUGAACUUGAUACUUGGGGGUCUACUGCUAAUUAGUUAUUAGUUCAUAACUGAAGAUUUGGAAUAUCUAACCAUAUAAAGUGAAACCAAUGCAAAUCAUGAAGUGCCUGCUGACCAUAUAUCUCUUCCCUCAUAUUAAUCAGAUUAAAAUAGAAGUCAUUUUGUGUAAAUGUUAACCUACUGUGCUUGUUGUUUCUCUCCAUGCAAUAAAUAUGAAGUGUGAUCUUUUUGGUACAAAACCAAUUGAUCCUUGCUAUCCCCAUCUCAUAUUGUACUUCUGUUGGCUAGCCAACAUUUCUAGGUGCCAUUAGAGGUACUCCACACGGUUUGCAGAAAUUCCUAGCAAAUUAAAACGGUGAAGAAAAACUUGAGUGUCUUUGUGGGGGUAGGCACAGGAAAACAAUAAUAAUACAUGGGAAUGGAAACUAUAAAUCUAAUAUACCACAUGCAAAAUAUUUGUGAAACUUUUGCUUUUCUUAUUAGUGAUGGACUACCUUGUGCAAUCUUGCUAUUCCUUGUAAGGUACAGUAGAUUAUUUAAGCUACUUUCUGCUGAUUUUGAUAUCUAACAAGCUUCAGGAUUGAAAUCCUGUGGUAGAUGGUUAGGAACUUAGGUGUUGUCCUUGAUUCCCUAAUUCAACUUUUGCAAUCAUUCCUUUUGACAAUAUGUUUGUCACUGUGAGCUAUGAGGUGAAUGUUUAGCAUUCUUCUUUUAUGGUCUUAUGGCGAGGAAGUGUUGUAGCUUCAUUUCUUCAUUAUAUUCCUUUUUUGGCAAGGACUUCUUCUAUUAUUCUUGUGGGCUCGUGGUUACUGCAGUUAUUUUUUGAUUGAUACCUCUUGCAUUUUUUCCCUCAAUACAACUUAUGUUAUAUUUGUAACAGUACUUGAUAUUUUGAUAACUGAAUCAUAACAAACUAAACCAGUAUAUAUCCGACGGCUCCUAUUUUUUAGAAUGACGUGUGCCAAUGAGAUGUUGAGAAAGCUUACUGUUUCAUUACUUUAGAUUCUUGAGGCAAUGUCUAUUGGGAUUUGAACCCUUGAACAUAAGGGAUCUAUCUCCUGAUCCGUAUGUAUGGUGCCGUUACAGUGACUUACGGCUCUCAGUUGUAAUACGUACUGUUUAGUUGUAAUCUGCAAACUUCCCUGGGCGUAAGAGAGAGUUCUAAGUAUUGUAAUCUGCACACUUCUAUAGGCUACUAUACUUGCCUAUCUUCAUCUAUGGGUCUGCUCAUGUUGAUCUGUGAGUCGGUACGUUACAUCUUCCGUACCCAAAUUAAUGAAUUAUGAGAGCGAAAGGUUACCUGCUUCAAGAUUUGUGAUAAUACUAUAUAGUCUCCAGGCCUUGUGCUGUGGUACAUGCUUGUACCAGAAUACCGGAUGGAAUUAUAUUUGCUUUUGAAGGGUUGCAGGGCCAGCCAAGCCAAAAGCGUCGCCGCUUGAAAUGAACUGUGCUGAAUCGGCAUUCGGCAAGCGACGGUGGAGCACGGGUGCAUCGUGACGAGGAUGACACUAUCACGCCGGUGAGCACUGAGCAGGGUGACGAUGUCGGCGAUUCGUAGUACAGGCGUACUGCUACCGUAUCCAUCUACUGCUGCUUCCGGAAUACGCGUCUGCCAGUUCCAUCAUGUGCGGCUUGGCUGGCUCCCACGCGGAGCUGGAAACGGUCGGCAGGAGGGGACAAUGAGCUGGGUGGUUGCCGGUCGGGGGUGUGUACACUGUGCGCUGUACAAGUAUACAGAGCUGCAGCAAUUGCACGGCGUGGAUUUUUCUUUAGUAAUAAGAGAGCAAACUAGGAAAUUUAUAAGAGCAGUUGGGGUUGGGCCCUCAGCUAACACUGCGGUAUUAUAGCGUAGCCAAGUCGGGUAACUGUACGCGUAAUAAUGUCUUCUUUUUUUUUUGGAAAGACAGAUACAGAUGA